GAAUCACCUCACUUAUUCAUGGGUUCUCCUAUCUCUAGUCCCGCUUCAGACAGGCGAUUCUGGAAUACCCUCCAUGGCCGCGAAGACGCGCUUCUUGAAGAUCAUAACUCCAAAGUCUCAACCGGGCAACUUCCCCCAAAUCAUGAUCGAGCCCAAAAGUUUAUUUGUGUAGAAUGAUCUAGAUUCUGGACGUGCAAAGCGAUUGAAAGAUGGCACAUUGCUUUUGAUGAGAGGGUUUGACUCGGUUGCUCACACUCGGUCUCACCUAUCUAACCAUUUGGACAAUGUUCUUCAGGGAGCUAAUGAUGGCCUCAAGGAGAAGUUAAGUUAAACUUAUGUGGACUUUUGUAACUUGUAGCUUGGAGGAGUCAGCCAAUAACAAGGAAGAACUUUUAGGAAAACAAGAGAAUGAGUUAGGUCCCAACAAAGGAUUGAAAAGAAAAUACGAAACCAGCCAUUGCUCAGAGAAUCAGGAAGAGGAGCCAAAAGAUGAAAAAGAGAAAGAUCCGAAAGAUGGAAAGCUGAAUAAAGCCAAAAACCUAGCAGUUACCAUGGCAACAAAAGCAGCUUCACUUGCGAGGGAAAUGAGGUCAAUAAAGUCAGAUUUAUGUUUCAUGCAAGAGCGGUGCUUGCUGCUGGAGGAGGAGAACAGAAGGCUUAGAGAUGGAUUUGCCAAAGGGAUAAGACCUGAAGAAGAUGAUCUGGUGAGACUUCAAUUGGAGGCAUUGCUAGCUGAAAAAUCCAGAUUGGCAAACGAAAAUGCAAAUCUGAUAAGGGAAAACCAAUGCCAGACUCAGCUUGUGGAAUACCACCAACUGAUCUCUGAAGAUUUUUCUUCAUAUGAACAAGUUGUGCAGGGAAUGUGCUUAGACUUCUCGUCUCCGCCACUGCCCAUUCCAGAAGAUCAUGAGCAGCCUACUGAUGAGGACCAUGGUGACUCCGAAUGCUUUCAAACACCUGCAGGUAAACAUUUUGGCUUAGCCGCGGAUCUCGACGAGUGUGUACCACACAUUGAGGGGGCAGCAGUAUAGUAAAUGGGGUUGACAUUUGAGUUAUGAAUGCUGU